AUGGUCUGUUCAAAAUGCCAAAAGAAAAUCAAAGCCACUGAGCUCGCCACUCCGGGUGUCAAGCGCAAGAACGAUAUGUACUACGGCUCGCCGUCUAGUACUCUCGGUGGUGGCGCAGACAAGGGCAAGACAAAGGCGACAUUAGGCUCGACGGGAAUUGGAAAGAGCAAACUCCUCAGCGCGAAAGCAAAGAAUCCUUAUGCCGCUUAUGCUUCGUCUUGUGAUAACUGCAAGGUGAAGACAGAGGUGGGCAAGAAGUUUUGUCAGAGAUGUGCUUAUCAAAGGAACGCUUGUGCUAUGUGUGGCAAGAACCUGGCUGGCAAGUCGGCCAAGGACCAGCCUAUUGUCCAGGGACAGAAGUUUAACAUGGCAUGA